UCCAAUCCCCGGGUGCAGCUUGUAGUGGCCUUUGGAUGGCGCACGCGGAGGAGACCCUGCCACAGACGCUGCCCGCGCCCUUUGUGGGGACGCAGUUGCUGCACCUGCAGUCGCAGGAGACGCUGGGCACGUCCGAGCUCCGGGCCGCCGUCAAGCGGCCGAACAGCAUCGACGAGGACACGUGGAUAGCCUCAAAGACAAGGGAAGUCUUCCAGGAGACGGUGCGGGUGGUGCAUUUCCUCUCCGAAAUUUGUACGGAGGAGUCCUGCCCACGAAUGUGCGCAGGGGACAAGCUCGAGUACAAGUGGGCCGACGAGGUGAAUGUCACGCCUGUGUCAAUGACCGCGCCCCAGUACAUGCAGCAGCUGGUGAACUACGUUGAUGCCAAGUUGCUGGACCAGGAGCAGCUUCCCACGGACGGGCGCCCCAUGCCGCCGACCUUGCGGCCGCUGCUGCAGCAGCUGCUGCGCCGGCUCUUUCGGGUCUACGCCCACGCGUACGUGCACCAUUUCCAAAUCAUCCGCGAAGCUGGGGCGGAGGCUCAUCUCAACUGCAACUUCAAGCACUUCCUCUUCUUCGUGCUGGAGUUCAAACUGGUGCAGAUGGACGAGAUGCUCCCGCUGGAGGGCCUCAUCCGCAAGUUUGCCGGGGAUAUGCUGGAGUGACAGGCGCCAGUCACUCUGACGCGAAGCUGAAGGCUUCCGAAUUCAUUUGCUCAGCCGGUAGGCACCGACACCAGGAACGGAUCCUCCCCA